CCUAGGCCCAUUAAUUUCACUAUAAAAUACCAAAUUUUUUUCCAAACUCAUGUAUUUUGAUUGAAGGAGCAAACGGUGUAUCCCUUCCUUUUCGGUUUCAUCGCUUAAGCCUCGUUCCUUCUUGAUUUACGUUGGAUUGUUUGUCUCCGGUGGAACAAAACGUGAAAAGUAUGUUAGAAUUGUUGGAUGGUAGAGAUAUGAUGAUAUGGUCAAAAGAGACAGCUUCCAAACCUUGUGAUGAAAAGUCAUCAAAUCAUAGUCUUCAAAAUCAAAGGCACGAAGUUCCCAUGAUGUUGAAUUCUAGUUCUAAAAGUUCACUGAAGCGGAAAUGUAAGCAAUACAUAAAUGGUGGUAAAUUUGCUACUAGUUCUAAACUUGUCGGCAAAAAGAAGUAUGCUACAGACUAUCCCAAAGAUCCAAAAAGAAAAUCAUAUUCCCAUGCUCAAAAUAAUCGGAUAGAAUUUUGUGCUAUUUCUAGACAAGACUAUUCUCACCUAGGUGACGUCGAAGAUUAUGCGAAGCUACCAAGUUAUCUUAGGAAUGAAGAGAGUCUUUAUACUCAUGUUAGAGAUUUAAUGGAAAAUAAUUAUUCUUAUGGUAUUGGGACAUCAAUCAAAGAGAAAUUAAAAGAAGACGACAUGGAAUUCGGUGACUUUCAGAAGAAAUUUUUACCUGCUAGAGGUAAACAUCUUCCAAGACCAUUUAUUCCGGUUGGACCUAGGUUUCAAGCCAAAGUUCCUAAAUGGGAGGUCACAACCAACAUAAAACAAUAUAAUAGUGAUGAUUGUUUGAAGUGGUUAGGCACCCAAAUUUGGCCAAUACCUUCUUUAUCUAGAAAUAAUGCAAAAAGUAUUGGAAAAGGUAGGUCUGACUCAAGCUCGGGUGAGAAUCUUGAAUCAGUUGACCGUGUUAAAAAACAUGGUGAAGCUAGAGUGCUUAAAAUCGAAGGUUAAUGACGCCUUCUCAAGUAGGAAGUUUGAUAACAAGAAAGAUGUUUCAAAAUUAUGGAUGGUGGAAAAUGAGAAGAAAUUUGAAUCUCCAGUAAAAUUGAAUCUACUAUCGAGCGACACAAAAUUUUGAUAGUUCACCGUGGAAUACUUUCCAUCCAAACCUAUUGAGUGCAGGUUGAAUUACUAUUAUAAUAUGGGUAAUGCUAACUUGUAUUCCAAGUAUGCAAGUUAAGAGAUAAAUAAAAUAAAAAGAUCUUAGAAAUUGUGCGGUAAAUUUAAUACAUAUUCAUAAUUAAUGAUUUCUAUUGUUUUUUCAAUAAAAAGAUUCUAUUUGUGAAUUUUUCAA